GAAUACUCCAUACUCCAUAAUAACUUGGGGAGAAAAAGGAUUAGAUUUAUGGAGUAUGUUCGCCAUAUGUAGGGUUAGUUGGAGUCAGUCAUAAUGAUAUAUAUAAAUGCAGAAACUGAAAUAAUGGAAAAAGAGGAUUAAAUCUCAGUUAUUCCGUUAUUCCUCCCGGUUUUAUAGCUCAGAAGAUAUUGAUCCAAGAUUGAGUCCACAUUCUUCAAGGAAUCGGCAGCGAAGAGGGCGAAAAUGGCGUUGAGACAUUUGGGGAUUGCGAUUUCUAUUUUGAUUUUGUGGAACCCAUCGUCGUCGUCGUCUGUGGUGAAGGCCGAGGAUGACUACAAGUUCUUCACUUGGACUGCGACCUAUGGAACUGCUUCUCCCCUAGGCGUUCCUCAACAGGUGAUACUCAUUAAUGGUCAAUUUCCAGGCCCAAGCUUAGAUGUGGUCACUAAUGACAAUAUCAUCCUCAACCUCAUCAAUAAGUUGGAGCAGCCACUCCUCUUGACAUGGAAUGGAAUCAAGCAGAGGAAGAACUCAUGGCAAGAUGGAGUUUUAGGGACCAAUUGCCCCAUCCCACCAAAUUCAAACUACACAUACAAGUUUCAAACUAAAGAUCAGAUUGGUAGCUACACAUACUUCCCAUCAACUUUCAUGCACAAAGCCGCAGGUGGUUUCGGAGCACUCAAUGUUCACGCCAGAUCAGUCAUUCCGGUUCCUUAUGCAAAACCUGAUGGAGAUUUCAGUUUACUUAUUGGUGAUUGGCACAAGACUAGUCACAAGGAACUGCAACAAAUUUUGGAUUCAGGAAAAUCUCUGCCCUUCCCUGAUGGCCUACUUAUAAACGGGAAGAGUCGGUCUACUUUUAGCGUAAAUCAAGGCAAGACUUACAUGUUCAGAAUCUCAAAUGUGGGGCUGUCAACAUCCAUAAACUUUAGAAUUCAAGGCCACAAAAUGAAGCUAGUCGAGGUUGAAGGGUCCCACGUUGUCCAGAACUUUUAUGAUGCUCUUGAUGUGCACGUCGGUCAAUCUCUUUCUGUUCUUGUCACUUUGGAUCAGCCACCCAAGGACUAUUUCGUCAUUGCGUCGACACGGUUCACUCAACGAGUUCUUAACUCAGUUUCUGUGCUGCACUACACAAACUCUCGCUCAGCUGUUUCUGGACCAGUGCCAGAUGCCCCGGCUGGCGAAGUGCAAUGGUCUUUGGCCCAAGCAAGAUCAUUUAGGUGGAACUUGACAGCGAAUGCUGCGAGGCCCAACCCUCAGGGCUCAUUCCACUAUGGAACUAUUACUCCUUCAACAACGAUUUUGCUGGCCAAUUCAGCGCCAGUAAUUGGUGGGAAGCAGAGAUAUGCUGUCAAUGGAGUGUCUUACAUAGACCCAGACACCCCUCUCAAGCUUGCUGAUUACUUCAACAUCCCCGGAGUCUUCAAUCUCAAUGCCAUCAAGAGUUCUCCUUCUGCCAGUGCCACCCUUGCUACGUCUGUGCUUCCAACUUCUCUUCAUCAGUUUGUUGAAAUCGUAUUCCAAAAUGACGAGAACGCCCUGCAGUCUUGGCACCUGGAUGGCUAUGAUUUCUGGGUCGUAGGAUUUGGCUCUGGAAAAUGGACGGAUGCUAGUAGAAAGAGCUACAAUCUUGUUGAUGCUCUUACAAGACACACAACACAGGUUUAUCCAGGAUCAUGGAGUGCAAUACUGGUGUCAUUGGACAACCAAGGAAUGUGGAAUCUGAGGUCUGCAAUAUGGGAUAGGCGUUACCUAGGGCAGCAGCUGUAUCUAAGGGUGUACAACUCGGUUCAGAAUUUCGCAAACGAAUAUGAUAUACCUUCUAAUGCUCUUCUUUGUGGGAGAGCUGUUGGGCAUCGACAUUAGAAGAACGAGUGAUGGUGGUUUGUUUUUUGGGUGACCAUUCAUUUCAUUCUGGUGCUUGGAUAUAAUAUUUCUCAUGUACUUUGAAUAUCUCAGAUACAGAUGAGUGAUUUUAAAAACCAACUUAAUUUUUUGGGAUCAUUGAAGUAUUGAUACCUGGGAAAUUAUUAGUUUGUAGUGCUUAAUAUGAAACCCACGCACCCUGAAAUGUUUGUAGUGGCACACACUAUGUUCAUUAGGUAAGCCUGCUAUGGUGAAUGGUGGUGCCCCCCACUCCCUCUUACGAGUACUAAUAUAAGUUUUUUUUAUAU